AUGUAUAGCAACACCCUCCUUGCUAUGAAUGAUACGCCUCCUCCUGCCAAUUCCAUCUCUUCUCAACGCCGCCGGAAAUCGAGGUCUAAUUCCGUCUCUUCCUCUGUUGUCACCGUCAAGCGCUCUGCCUCCCUGAACUCGCGCGCCUCUGCCUCUCUACCUCCCACUUCCCUGUCUGAUACUGCCCCUACUACACACGACUUCGCAAAGUCCUCCUCGAGACCUUCUGCGUCCCGGAGGAGAUCAAGCGUCGCCCACCUCGCCCCGGAGGUAUACACGUCCUACAAAGAUCAUAACACUGCUGCCAGCCUGAACCGCUGGUCGCAAUCUACAACUUCGAGUAGAUCUUCCGGGAAUCACGUCCAUAACGGGAAACUGGCCUUGAGUGCCACCAUCACUCAUCUGCCAUUCGAACAGCCUCUACGCUCUCCACCUCGCCCUCCGUCCAGUCCUUCACGCCCCUCGCCCACAUCAAGCCCGAGAAGACGACACCGAACCUCUCCGCCGCCGAUUCCCACGACUUCUGCACGAUCUCUGCCUCCCUUGGACACUCUCCCAACCUUAUUACCCAAUGUAUACGUUCCAUAUUCGGCCUCUACGUCUUCUAUGACGCCUUCGACGACCUCGGCCCCGUACACUCCAAAUAAUCAAGGCUCGUCCGAUUACUUCAGCACCAAACCUCGUCCGCAGCAGAGCUCACUGGCAGAGAAGACAAAGCCACAUUCUCGGAACCAAACUGGAAAAUCUCUUGGCUCGUCUCCAGUCAUCCUUUCUGCAGCCGAAAGACAACUUUCUCAACGACCACCGCCCGUUCCAGCUUCAUCUUCUCAACCAGCUAGAGAUGCUGCCUCACGUAUCCCACGUAGCGACUCCAGAGAGAAGAACAUUUAUCGCCCAAUGAUGGAUACCACCGGCUCCACAUUCCCACAAGAGGAGUAUCCUAUGGGCACUCCACCGCGCGUGAAAGAGCGCCGGGAUAAAGACAAGAAGACGAUGCUGUCAAGGGCGUUGCAGAAGGCCAAUACUGCUGUAUUACUUGAUAAUGCCCAGAACUUUGAAGGUGCCAUGGAUGCGUAUCAGGAUGCCUGUCACCUGUUACAGCAGGUGAUGAUACGGAGUAAUGGAGAAGAGGAUAGGAAAAAGUUGGAAGCUAUUCGAGUAACCUACACCAACCGAAUCGAAGAAUUGCGUCAACUUGAUCCUUCCUACACGUCAACCUCUGGAAAAGCCCUUCCGAACCGUCCAAUGAGCAAUGAAUCGGUCGACAGUCUUGGAGCAAAAUCAAUCUUCUUCAACGAAAAUGACGAUGCAGUGAUUCAGACUGCCACUCUAACCCGAAUCAUUCCCGAUAGCUCGAUCUUGCCUGAUCCCAUCCCAGAGAGACUCUCAUCAAAACGUGAUCCGCGAGAAUCGACAUUCACCUCCGCCAUGCGCGAAGUUGAGCGCUCGAUCCCAGAUACAGAUCCAUCCACCUUCCUGCUAAAUUCAUACGCAUCUUCUUCGUUAACCAACCGCCACCAAGCUUUAGAUCCACGUAUGGAGCACACGUAUAUGCCACCACCGCUAUCGCCACAUCCCCAAUUCGCCGCAAGUUUCGACACCACCACUCGCGACUCGCCCGAUAUGACCUCUGGUCGCCGCCAGACGUCUGAGUCAACAAGAGAUAUUUCACGAAAGCAGCAGCACUCGCGGGAAAACAGUGAAGAAUCCAUGACUUGGCUUGAUACGAUAGAUGAGUCUGGCUCGUCAUGCGGCUCAUCAGUACACUCCGUCGACUCUCAGGACGGCACUCGCCGAAGAAAGCACCUACACACGGGAAGCAAUGGUACUGAAGCGGAGUUUAAUGCAGCGCUUGAUGCGGCAGUGGAAGCAGCCUAUGAUGAGGGCUUUGAGCCAUAUGAAGCAGGUGAGCACUCACUGCCUCGUGGCGGCAGCGUCUCAGCAGCAAUGCGCAAAGUCGAGAUUGCAAAAGAGAAGGUUCUCGAGCUGGAAAGGGAAGAGGCUAUCAAGGCUGCGAGCCUGCGUGCUAGAGAGCUUCGGCUGGGGGAUGACGAUAGGGGUGGUCUACCUGCUAUUCGCCAAAGCGUCGAUUAUGGCUACGACAUUGACGUCGAUGCGAACCAGGAUGAGGAAAUGCUCGAAGAGAUGACAAAGGAGUUCAUGCUGGACGGCUUUGACUUUGACCUACAAAGCAAGUCUGCUCUCCCACGAGAGUCAGACUCCAGUGGCAUCUCCGGGAGCACUUGGAAUAGCUCACGCUCCUCGAAACGUACGACUGCAGGCCAAUCGCAGACGACGCAUUCGUCAAUGUCUUCUAAGCUUGCACAACCUCCACCCCCAGACAAGAAACCACCUCCUCCUCCUCCACCACCCUCGAUGCCGCAAUCCUCAGCCAACUCUGCCUCCACUGUGCGCAAUCGACGCUUGUCUGGGAAGACUGCGGGUCAGUUGAAGAUUGACACAUCCGUGCACCGCAAUCUACCAGCCCCACCUCACACUGAGCAACUCACACCAAAACACGAUGACUUUGACCCCACGAUAGCUCCCCAUCCGAGAUCAGCACAGCCUGUCCUACAUCAUCAUCCCCCUCCUGAGCGCCAAGCUCCGACGCCGAACACCAUCGACCAAGCUUUGCGAGCCACACCACCCAUCGUCCCGGCUCCCAGUCCAUCUGAGCCAGCCGCGAACUCGCCGGUUGCCUCCACCUUGACUCGCGUCCAAUCUAGCGAGCAGACCAUGGUUCCGUCGUCACCAACGUCAUUGAAGGGCUCGAGAGGUGGCAUAGGCGCGCUGAGGAAGAACAAGUCAUCACUAAGCUUGCGAAAUCGUGCUUUGUCCAUCUCUAGCCCGGACGGAUCGGAUAUUUCUGGACAUACCCCGCUGAGCAGCACAUUCUCCAAUAUUAGUAUGCGAAAGCAGAGCAAUGCCGUACCGUUGACUCCAAUGUUCCCGGGUUUCUCCAACGAGCCUCUCAUCAGCGCCGGUAUACAACUUUUUGAAGCUGACAUUCAUUCGCCUUACAGCCCUGGCUCGCCAAAUCCAAUGGCCAUCAACGCGCCUAUACCGCUGGAACCUUGUCCGGAUUCGUACCUCCUGCGUCCGUUCUGGCUGAUGCGCUGCUUCUACCAGACCAUUGCUCACCCCCGCGGUGGCUACCUCAGCACAAAACUAUUCGUACCACGUGAUGUAUGGAGUGUCAAGGGUGUGAAAAUAAAAGCAACGGAAGAGAAGAUUGCAAACUGUGACCUCUUGACCGCAGCUCUAAUGAAGCUGGGAAGUGUCGAUACAUUGGACGCGGAUGCCGUACUCGAAGAGAUGCAAGGUCUUGAGGUGAUUCUUGACCAAGUGCAAAAUAAUCUAAGCAAGAAAUUGGGCAGCGAGGUCGGUGUUGGUGGGAUCAACAUCUUCUUCAAAGACGCCACUACUGUUGGCAAUGGCGCCGCCACUGGUGUUGAUACGGUGGAACCUUCUGCCAACACAAAGGCUGCUGGUGAUAAGAGCAAAAACUAUCUGACUUCCUGGCGCAAGCUACGCUCAAAACCUAGCGGUGUUGGUCUGUCACUCUUGGCAACGAAAGAUGUGAGCAAAGACUCGCUGACGAUGAGCUCCCUUCCAAUGACCUCUCUCCCGAACAUUCGAUUCACGAAGCGCGAUAUUAGUCAAGUGGACUUCAACGGCCCGAAUGCCCUCUAUAUGAGCAGCUUGGCAAAGCUGUUUGACGCCGUUCAAGUUGUUGAUCGUGUUGCGCGCCAAGUCGAGGAUCCAGGUCUCAAACACUCCAGUCAAACUCAUGUUGGUCUGGAGCUGAGCACCAGACAUGCGGCCGAAUUCUUCGGCUUCUACAUUUGUCGCUUCGUACUUACCGAUUUGACCACGAUGCUCGACAAGUUCAUCAAAAGAGGCAGCGAGUGGGUGCUCGUAUAG